AUGUCGAUGAAAAAAGCUUUGGUAAUUGGCAAUGAUUAUCACGAAAACUUUCAACCAUUGCAAUCAUGCGUCAAUGAUGCCAAUGACGUGUACGAUGCCUUGAACGCAAUUGGCUUUCACGCACUACGUGAAACAAAUAUUCCAAUGAAAGAUAUGAAAGCAGUUACCAAAGAAUUCAUACAAUGCAUUCAACCAGGUGAUAUUGCGUUUUUCUACUUUUCUGGUCAUGGUUGUCAAAUGGAUGGCAUAAACUAUUUGAUUCCAAGUGAUUUCGAUCUCGAUGAUGAGAGAUCGCUGAUUUAUGGUUCUUUGAAUGCUCAGAAACUGAUCAGCGAUGUGCAUCGUCGACGACCAGGAUUGUUCGUCCUUGUUCUUGAUUGUUGCCGAAAUAAUCCGUUUGUUGACCAGGGAAGUCUAAAGAAAUUCUUGGGUUUAACUUCGACACGAAUCAAGGAUGGACUUGCACCAAUGCAAGCACCACCAUCGACAAUCAUAUCUUAUGCAUGUGCACCCGACGAGACAUCGUUAGCGGGCAGCGGACGACAACGCAAUAGUGCCUAUACUUGUUUUCUACUUUACUACAUGGUCUUACCAAUGGAUAUUAAGGAAGUCUUUCAACGAACAGCUCUUGAUGUUCAAAAGUCUACUAGAAGUAGACAAAUACCGUAUUUGUUUGCUAACUGUGAUGGGCCAGCAUAUCUUGUUGACAAUCACAUGGGCAAUUAUGCAGCGGCGCAGAAUUUCUUGCAGAGACGGCGCCCUUGUGGAUAUUACCCCGCAUCCGACCAAAGACGGCAUGCUAUUCCAAAUCAUCAACCUCGGAUCAAAACCCCACAGCAUCGAUGGAACACUCAGUCCGGGAUGCCGAAGAAUUAUUCCUUGUCGAAUAAAGUGAUGUUACCAAGCAGGAGACGGAUGAGUAUGCCUCCUACUUUCCCGCUUGUCGCUAGCCACAAGCGCCAUCAUGCAUUAAAAGAUGGUCGAUACCAACGGACAAAUUUGAUAUCUAGUUUCAAUGCUUUUGGAAUAUAUUAA